AUGUCCGUGCGAGGCGUCCAGCAUGUGGCGCGGGCCGGGGCCGGCCUCUCCUGGCUUCUCUGCUGCAGUGUCCUGCUGUCCCCGGCUGCUGGGUACGUUAUCGUGAGUUCGGUGUCCUGGGCCGUUACAAACGAGGUGGACGAGGAGCUGGACAGCGCCUCCACUGAGGAGGCGCUGCCCGCGCUGCUGGAGGACUCGAGCAGCAUCUGGCAGCAAAGCUUCCCGGCCUCGGCGCACAAGGAGGACGCGCACCUGCGGCCCCGAGCCAGCGCCGCCCGCGCCCGACUGCCCCCCGCCCCGCCCGGCAUGUUCUCCUACCGGCGCGAAGGCGCCAAGGCGUCCGGGGCCCCACCCGCCUCCAGGCUGCGCCCGGGGACCGCCCGCUUCCUGGCGCACGCCAACGGCUGGGGCUGUCUGGCCACGGUGUCCGCACAGGAGAAGAUCCCGGGACUUCCUUUUGUGAACUGUCUGCCCAUCAGUGAUGGCCCCAUCAACAACAGCACUGGAAUUCCUUUCUUCUACUUGACGCCCAAGGACUUCACUGUGGCCGAUCUGAUGAAGAACCCCAUGGCUUCACUGACACUGUCAGAAUCAGAGGGAGAGUUCUGCAGAAAAAACAUCGUUGACCCAGAAGAUCCCAGAUGUGCCCGGUUAAUGCUCACUGGCCAAAUGACUGCAGUGUCUCCUGAAGAAGUAGAAUUUGCCAAGCAAGCCAUGUUUUCAAGGCACCCAGUACUGAGGAAGUGGCCUCGUCAAUAUGAAUGGUUCUUUAUGAAGAUGCGGAUAGAACAUAUCUGGCUUCAGAAAUGGUAUGGAGGAUUAUCUGAGAUUUCAAGGGAGGAAUAUUUCAAAGCAGUUCCAAGAAAGGCUCGCGGAGACGCUUCCCGUUUCUCGGUCGAUUUCUCUAUCACGACCAUCUUCCUUGGCGGUUACUUCCCAUUAUUUGGUGGCGCCCCACGUCCUGCUGUUGCACAAGCUCGGUUCCUGUUCAACGGCGCCCGGUGUGUAGCAAGCUGUGUCUAUCAGCGGGCUCCUCCGGGUCCCUGA